AUGCACGUUUUUGGAGAGGCACUUCAACACAAGAGCACCGGAGCAAACAUGCAUUUUGUCAUGACUGACAGUCACAGCAGGGAGUACAAAGUGAUUUUUCUUCUCUCUUGUGAUCAAAACUUGCAUUCGGAGGACCAUAUAAGCACGCAACCGGUCUGUCUGGCUGUCGCCGAACAGAAGGCGCGCAUCAGGAACCAGACAUCUGAAACGGAAACAACCAUCAGACCUAUCUCAGAAAAUUUCAAACUGGACGCUAAUCACGAAGAUACGGUUGGGAGUGGAUCGGGCUUCGACGAACACUAA